GCGAUGGAGACGCCCGGAGCCUCAACCCGGGCCCUGUUGCUUCCUGCCGCGUCCGGGCCCCGGAGGAAGCGCGCGGCAGGGGAGGCCCGGGCUGCGACGAGCAAGCAACGGGUCCUGGACGAAGAAGAGUACAUCGAGGGCCUCCAGACAGUCAUCCAGAGGGACUUCUUUCCUGAUGUGGAGAAGCUGCAGGCUCAGAAGGAGUACCUGGAGGCUGAGGAGAAUGGAGACCUGGAACGGAUGCGUCAGAUCGCCAUCAAGUUUGGCUCUGCCCUGGGCAAGAUGUCCCGAGAGCCCCCACCACCCUAUGUGACUCCAGCCACAUUUGAAACCCCUGAUGUGCACACAGGCACCGGAGUGGUGGGCAACAAGCCCCGGGGCCGGGGCCGAGGCCUGGAAGAGGGAGAGGUUGGAGAGGAGGAAGAGAAGGCACCCCUGCCCAGCCUGGAUGUUUUCCUGAGCCGGUACACAAGUGAGGACAACGCCUCCUUCCAGGAGAUCAUGGAGGUGGCCAAGGAGAAGAGCCGGGCACGCCACACGUGGCUCUACCAGGCCGAGGAGGAGUUUGAGAAGAGGCAGAAAGAUAAUCUUGCGCUUCCGUCGGCAGAGCACCAAGCCAUCGAGAGCAGCCAGGCGGGCGUGGAGACCUGGAAGUACAAAGCGAAAAAUUCCCUCAUGUACUACCCAGAGGGCGUCCCUGAUGAAGAGCAGUUGUUUAAGAAGCCGAGGCAGGUGGUGCAUAAGAAUACUCGCUUCCUCAGGGAUCCCUUCAGCCAGGCCCUGAGCAGGUCCCAGCUGCAGCAGGCUGCCGCCCUCAAUGCCCAGCACAAACAGGGCAAGGUAGGCCCUGAUGGCAAGGAGCUGAUACCCCAGGAUUCCCCACGAGUGGGCGGAUAUGGAUUUGUUGCAACCCCCUCUCCUGCCCCCGGUGUGAACGAGUCGCCACUGAUGACCUGGGGGGAAGUUGAAAACACUCCCUUGAGAGUUGAAGGAUCUGAAACCCCCUAUGUGGACAGGACGCCAGGGCCAGCCUUCAAGAUCCUGGAGCCCGGCCGCAGGGAACGGCUGGGGCUGAAGAUGGCCAACGAGGCCGCCGCCAAGAACCGAGCCAAGAAGCAGGAGGCCUUGAGGAGAGUGACGGAGAACCUGGCCAGCCUCACUCCCAAAGGCCUGAGCCCAGCCAUGUCCCCAGCCCUGCAGCGCCUCGUGAGCAGGACGGCCAGCAAGUACACGGACCGGGCCCUGCGGGCCAGCUACACCCCAUCUCCAGCACGCUCGACCCACCUCAAGACCCCAGCUGGUGGGCCUCAGACCCCCACGAGCACACCGGCUCCUGGCUCUGCAGCACGCACCCCCCUCAGCCAGGACCCAGCCUCCAUCACGGACAAUCUGCUACAGCUCCCUGCCCGGCGCAAAGCCUCAGACUUCUUCUAGGGCCAGGCCCGGGCCGGGCCUGCGGAAGCUCCGUGGAGCCUGCAGGGCAACUGCCCACUCGGCAGAGGACUCCGGCCUUCUGGGGACCCAGGCCCGGGCCAGAAAUGGUGACUGCCCCAGGAGCCACCGAAAAGAGGCCUGCUGGCACGAGACUUGCCCCCAUGGCCCUCGGGGUGUAUCCCAGGGCCUCGUUGAUACUGUUUUCUAUGGAACUCCUGCCUGUUUCUAUCUAGCCAUCAUUAAAGAGCACGUAAGCACAGUC